AUGAUUGAAGUUGUCAACUUUAAACGACCAUCCCCAUCCCCAUCAAGAAGUUCUGUUCGAAGCGACAGCAGGGUAUUCAGACAACCACGCGUAAUCCAAGUGAACCGAGAUGCCUCUACAAUGGUUGAUGGAGAAGCCAGCGGCCACGGUGUUACGGUCGGAAACCCACCGUCGGAUUGUGACCCGCGACGUGGGUUACACACUACAAAUUUUCGAUCUCGUACAUUUAGCGAUGGAUUCAUAAGAAAUACCAGCUUAGAACUUUUGUUAGGUGUUGAUUGUGAAGCUUGCAUAGCAUUAGCUGCCCAGCGACAGUGUCUAAGUGAACACAUAUCAAAACAUGAUUUAGACUUAGUUUGCAAUUGUAAUAUACAACAGAACAACUACCUAAACUGUCAUCGAAAUGUUUCUGAUCAUCGAGGCCACACUCUAAAUAUUUAUGAUUUAGAGAGAAUCAAAAGAGAAACCGAUAGAAGUCUAAUAAACGUGGGAUCACACCGAAGUCUCGACAGAAAACAAACAAGAAAUAAAUCCAUUGGUGUCUCUAAUUAUAUUUCGAAACAAUUAAUAUCGUAUGACCCAAGAAAUACUCUUGUCCAAAAAAUCAAGAGAAAACUAUCUAAUUUAAAAAAAAUCGGUGGAGAUGCUAUCACCAAGAAACAUCAAAACGCUGUCCAACUCGCCGAUAUAGCAUCCGGGUCUACCAGCUCCCUGAAAAAACUAUCUAUGCUGUCGAUUGCGGACAAACCACAAAGAAGAGUUAACAGCCAUAGCAACAUAUAUCCAUCAGCGACAGUUAAUAGAGACGAGUACAAACACAAAGCGUCAACAUACGCAAAUUUUUCUGGUAACGUGGACCAAUGCUUUGAUAGACUGAAAGAUUCCAAUACAGUCAUGGAUAUAAACAAUACGACACAAAAAAUAAGAACUUUUGAUAACAAUCAGGAGCUGAUCCGCAGGAAUAAUGUAGAUAUAGAUGCAAUGAAAUUUUCUACUUUAGACAAUCGAAGUAGAUGUAGGAGUAUCCGUAGACAACUAUCAUACAACGAUUUUCCUAGUGAUCGAUGCAAGGAGAAAAUCACGGAGACAUGGAUGACAAAUGAAAAUACUAUUGAGUCCAGGAGUACUCGAAGUGAUUUAGUCGACGAUGAUGUCCACACGUUUAUUGACAACGACGUAGUGGCAAUGACAGGAACGAGGCCGACACACGCACAUUGUACCUGUACCCAGAGCUAUGAUAAUAGAAUGCCUUCUUUAUUCUACGACUCGCAAGGCAAGAAACGGUCGGCGCCAGCACCUGACGUGACAGAGCGUAGUCAAGGGACUCGCGCAAACGUUUGUAGCGCUUGCAAAGUACCGCAAUGGAUAUCUACUGGUACAACAUCGACUACAAGCCACAGUUCAACUACAACUGGAAAUUCUUCUCGUGAGUUUUGA